UUUCCUUUACGCCAAAGCUAUGUACGCCACGCAUGCACAUGGUCGAAGAUAGGCAAUCGUGUGCACGUGCUUUCGAACAGAAAAGAUUUCGAAGGUGGGAUGAGCUACAUGUAUCGCCGAAAUACUGGAUGAGAUGAUAAUGUCACAUGUAAUGAGUGAUAAGCAAAGUGCACCUAUUUUGCCGCCCCUUUCCGGGGGUGGAGGAAAUAAUGGGGGAAACAAUGGCGGUGCAACUCAACAAACUGUCAGUCUCCAGCAGGUUCUGGCUACAGCCCAAGGACUCAAUGUACUCACCACGGGUGGUGGGCAGCAGUUUGUUAUUACUUCACAAGUUUCCGGCCUUACACAGGUUGUUACAAGCAGUGCCACAACCAGUACAAAUGUUCAGCAAGUUGGUGUUACAAGGAUUGUUAAUAUUAGUAACACACCACCGCGUGUUAGUACUGUGGGAGUUCCAGGUGCAAGUGGUUCACCUCUUACAUCACCUUCUCGUCAAACUCCAACUAAAGUUGUAUUGGCAACCUCUCCUAAACUCGUUCGGACUUCUAUGGGAAACAUGUUUAUUGCGCCUACUUCUCAAGUUUCAAUGCAAUCACCACCAGCAAGAAAAAGAUUGAAACUUACAGAAAGUACAGAAAAAAUAACUGCCACUGCAGAUGAUGCAAUGGGUUAUAGAAGACGUAUUAUGGAACAUAAAAUGAAAAGGAUGAGAGCGAUAAGAGAAAAAUAUGCUGAGAAUGCUUCAGAGUUAUUCUUUCUUCAUGCUGGUGGCAAUAUGAUGGAUUUUCAAGCUUGGAGAAAACGGCCACCUACAUCACAGUAUUUACAUUUUUUAAGGCAACAUAGAUUAGAUACGGAAGACAAUAAUGAAGAUUUAUCGGUUCCAUUACCAUCAAUACCAGAAAUUUCACUACCUCCGGUUACAUCUGCCUCAACUACAGUUCCUACGAACCAGAGUGCAGAAGUGAAGAUUUCUGGAGUUGGUGUAACUCCGGUUGCAGUAUCUACAACUUUACCUGCUGCUGUAGCUCAACUUAGUCAACAAGGACAAGUACCAGGUAGGCCUCAAGGGGGCCGCCAUGGCAUGGUGUUUGCCUUCCGAGCAGCAAUACAAUCUUCACCAGUCACCGUUCACCCUCCACCUACUUCUACUCUAGCACCCACGCUCAUUAUAGGAGGAACUCCAAUAGUUCCAGAAAUACCAAAACAUACAACUCCUGCAAGUCCAGUUACCGAGAAAACACCUAUCACUCCAGUUGUAACAAAAGCUCCUAGUCCUUCUAGAAGUACUUCACAACCUGUUGUUAAGCUUAUGAAAUUACCUACUAGUUCUGUAGUUUCAAAUGAUAUUACAAAUAAUCAAGAACAAAUUGUAGAGAAGGCAAAACAAGAAGCAUACGUAAUGCAAAGGAUUGCAGAGUUACAACGCGAAGGAUUAUGGUCCGAAAGAAGAUUGCCAAAAGUACAGGAGCCUGCAAGAACAAAGGCUCAUUGGGAUUACUUAUUGGAAGAAAUGGUUUGGCUAGCUGCCGAUUUUGCUCAAGAACGAAAAUGGAAGAAAGCUGCCGCGAAAAAAUGUGCUCGUAUGGUUCAAAAACAUUUUCAAGAAAAAGCUAUACAAGCUCAAAAGGCUGAAAAGUCUCAAGAACUUAGGCUCAAGAAAAUUGCUAGUUUUGUUGCAAAAGAAAUUAAGACUUUUUGGGCAAAUGUAGAGAAGCUGGUGGAGUACAAACAACAAACAAGGUUAGAAGAAAAAAGAAAAAAAGCAUUAGACCAGCAUUUAAAUUUCAUUGUAGGACAAACAGAAAAAUAUUCAACAUGGUUAACUGAAGGUCUUAAUAAGACAGAUGGUUCGCAAAGUAUUCCAGCUUCAAUAAAUAGUUCACGCAUUUCCUCGCCAGUACCAAUUGGAAAAUCUCACUCUGAUGAAGAGUUUCAGCCAAAUCAAAGUUCAGAUGAUGAUGAAGAGACUAUUGCUAAAGCUGAAGAAGAAAUGAAAUCAACUGUAGAUCAAAAAGAGGAGAUUGAAUUAUUGAAAAAAGAAUCGGAAAUGCCUUUAGAAGAUCUUUUGAAAGAUCUACCGCCGAAUUAUCUGGAAGAACGAAAUAAAAGUUUAUCGCCUAGCGGAAAAGAAGUUGAGGAAACGGAAAAUGAAAAAACUGCUGAUGGAGACACUGAUUUUGUCGCUGCAUCGGAUGAGUCUACAGAUGAAGAAGAUACUAUAUUGGAACAAGAAAAAUUGGAAGAAAAUACAGACCACAAACAAGAGUUGGAUGAUCUUAAGGCAGAGAAUGAAAUGUCUAUUGACGAGCUUAUGGCUAAAUAUGGUAACAUGUCGAAUGUACCAAUGGACGUGGACGAAGAUGAUGCUCAAGAUUCUGAUAAAGAAACGGACCAAGAAAAAACACAGGAGAACGAAGAGCAAGCGAGUAGUAGCGAGAGUGAAAGUGAAGAAAGUGAUGAAGCUGGAGAAGAUUCGCAAAUUCAUAGCGAUACAGAAACAGAUGUAGGCCUAAAAUCUCUGCUUGAAGAUCCAUCUACUGAGAAAUCGUGUGAUAACAAGAUUUCAGAAACGGAUCAUGUGGACGCUCAUAAUGAAAUGGAUAAUGUUGCAGCUUUAGCAGAAAGCAUACAACCUAAGGGAAAUACAUUGCUCACUACUUGUGUCGUUACAAAAAUCCCGUUUCUUCUGAAACAUUCACUUCGGGAAUAUCAACACAUCGGAUUGGAUUGGCUUGUUACUAUGUACGAUAGGAAGUUGAAUGGAAUUUUAGCUGACGAAAUGGGUCUGGGAAAAACUAUACAAACGAUUGCAUUAUUGGCACAUUUGGCUUGUGAAAAGGGUAACUGGGGUCCUCAUCUUAUAAUAGUACCAACCUCUGUAAUGCUUAAUUGGGAAAUGGAAUGUAAAAAAUGGUGUCCAGGAUUUAAAAUAUUAACAUACUAUGGUACGCAAAAGGAGAGAAAACAAAAGAGAACAGGGUGGACAAAACCAAACGCUUUUCAUAUAUGUAUUACAUCUUAUAAACUCGUCAUACAAGAUCAUCAAAGUUUUAGAAGAAAAAAAUGGAAGUAUCUUAUUUUAGAUGAAGCUCAAAAUAUAAAGAAUUUCAAGUCACAAAGAUGGCAAUUAUUAUUAAAUUUUCAAACGCAACGGCGAUUAUUACUAACAGGAACGCCUCUUCAAAAUAAUUUAAUGGAGUUAUGGUCCUUGAUGCAUUUUUUAAUGCCAAAUGUGUUUCAAUCUCAUAGAGAAUUUAAGGAAUGGUUCAGUAAUCCAGUUACGGGAAUGAUCGAAGGAAAUAGCGAGUACAACGAGAAUAUUAUUCGUCGUCUGCACAAGGUACUGAGACCUUUUCUUCUAAGAAGAUUAAAAACUGAGGUAGAGAAACAAUUGCCAAAGAAGUACGAGCAUGUCGUCAUGUGUCGAUUGUCAAAAAGGCAGAGAUACUUGUACGACGACUUCAUGUCUAGGGCCAAGACGAAGGAAACUUUAGCUAGUGGAAAUCUAUUAAGUGUUAUUAACGUAUUGAUGCAAUUACGCAAAGUCUGCAAUCAUCCUAACUUGUUCGAAGUCCGACCUACCGUUUCACCGUUUCAAAUGGAAGCAAUAGAAUUUAUUACAGCUUCGUUAGUAUGGAAUGCCCUUGAUUACGAUCCAUUUAAACAUGUUGAUCUGUCCACAUUGAAUCUUUUAUUGAUCGACUUGGAAUUUACGUUGGCAGCAUUUGGAGCACAUAGAAUAAAGCGCUUACAAACUCCCGUAAAACUGAUAGAAGAAAUAGACAGUCAGUCGGACCCACCUCCUAGGUGUCCUUCUGGAAAAAUUAAAAUCAAUGUCAGAUUGUCGAAUCAAGUUAAACAGUCGUCGACUCCACAACCAGCUCAAACUAAAGUUAAAAAUCUAGCUGGUAUACUCCCAACUCCUAGAGUAGGCACGUCACCAUUGAUAAAAUCUUUGAACAAUCAAAGUACUCCAGGUCAAGGCGUAACAUUGCGAGUCGCAGGUGGUCAACAACUGCAAGGGUAUUCCGUACAGUUGGUUCAACAUCAAGGCAGUGUGAAAGCUAUCCCUGUUGGAACAUUGGCACAUAACUCACAAAGUACAACGAUUACAUCAACAACAGCAUCUAUGAAUGCACAAAGGAUUACAGUUGGGAAUGCAAAUAUUCGAGAUGGACUGCAAAGGUUGGCUACACAGACAGUUACAGUCAAACAAGGUGAUUCCGUCCAGAGAAUACCAGUACCCGGUUUUGCACAGCUGGUUCAAACCUCUACUGGUAGACAUAUCAUUUUGACUUCAAAUCAACAAAAUACUAACACAGUUUCAUUCCCCGUAAUGACGCCGAGUGGACAACGAUUAACAGUUCUAUCUAAAUCUCUAAUGGGCCUAUCUACUUCUGCGACCACGGUAAACAAAGUCGUUGGAGGAGUCGUUACGACUACGAGCGGUACUAGUGGGAGACCGGUAAUGAGGGUUCCACCUCUGAAUGUCGCUGCGUCUCAAGGACAGUCGACUGCUGGUAACGGACAAACCGCGCAUCAACAAACGUUGCGCUGUGGUAUCAUCACGAGGCACGCGCAAAAAGAAUCUGAAAAGGCACAAGCAAAGGAACAGCCUAAAUCAGAAUUUCAUUUGCCACAAUUGGAGGAAGAUCGAAAGCAAAGAAGACAAGCGAAACUUCGUUUAUUGGCAAACAUUAACGAAAGGCGAUGCGCAGCCUGUCCUUUAUACGGCGAAGAUUUAUUUACUGCUUUAAGAAUUGGGAAACCAUCCACAGCCUGUCGUUGGCACAACGGUCUUGUUCAUUGCGAAACAGCAAAGAUACCUAUUCGUACACGGAAGCAAUUUUUCUCCUGUACGGAAGCGUUAGCAGAAGCAAUACGAAGUACGGAACAAAUUGUCGAAGAGCUUAAAGAAAUUUUCGAAAGGUUCGUGGUUUACGUUCCUGCUGUACGCGCGCCAGUACCGCGCUUCCACGUCUCUCAUCCACCGCCACAUAAACUGUGGAGUCAGCGCCGUAUGCAGAUAGAACUACAACACGAAUUGUCACCAAAAAUGCAAUUAUUUCAUCCGGUGACCAGUUCGAUGAUAACCCAAUUCCCCGAGCCUAGAUUAAUACAAUAUGAUUGUGGAAAAUUACAGUCAUUGGAUCUUCUUCUUAGAAAAUUGAAGUCUGAAAAUCAUAGAGUUCUCAUUUUCACUCAAAUGACGAGGAUGUUGGAUGUACUAGAAGCUUUUCUUAAUUUCCAUGGUCAUAUUUACUUGCGCUUAGACGGCACUACUAGAGUAGAUCAACGGCAGGUUCUAAUGGAAAGGUUUAACGGCGACAAACGAAUAUUUUGUUUUAUACUAUCAACGAGAUCCGGUGGUGUCGGUGUAAAUUUAACAGGAGCAGAUACAGUUAUAUUUUAUGAUAGUGACUGGAAUCCGACGAUGGAUGCUCAGGCACAAGAUAGAUGCCAUAGAAUAGGUCAAACGCGCGACGUACAUAUCUACAGAUUGGUAAGUGAAAAAACUGUAGAGGAAAAUAUUUUGAAAAAAGCGAAUCAAAAAAGAUUGCUUGGGGACCUUGCUAUCGAAGGUGGAAACUUUACAACAGCUUACUUUAAGAGUUCUACUAUUCAAGAUCUCUUUAACAUCGAUCAUUCUGAAAACGAUGCGUCUACCAGAAUGGCAGAAGUACUCGAACAGAAAGAUCGAGAGAAAUCCAUGACUAAGGAUUCCUCGGUCGUACAGGUACCCUGCUUGUCUCAGCAUGUCGAAGAUAAAAUGGCAAUGGGUGCUCUUGAAAGUGCUCUUGCCGCUGCGGAAGAGGAUCUUGACGUUCAAGCAGCUAAAACAGCGAAGGCUGAAGCAGUUGCAGAUUUAGCAGAGUUUGACGAGAAUAUACCAUUGGAUGAUGCUGACAAGGAAGAUACUCAAUUUAGCAAAGCGGAACAAGAAGUACAGAAUUUAGUGUCCCAGUUAACACCAAUCGAACGAUACGCGAUGAAGUUUGUGGAAGAAUCCGAAGGCACGUUUUCAGCCGCACAAUUGGCAGCUGCCGAACGUGAACUCGAAGAACAGAAGAAAGAAUGGGAAAUGGAUCGUUUACGUGCGCUUCGUGAAGAAGAGGAAAGACGGAUGCGACUGGCUGACGACGACGAGAAACCCCUGACGUUUGGACGUGAGGACGCGCAGAAUCAGAUAUGGUUGUCAGACGACACGAUGGAGCCAAUGCCGAUGUGGUGUCCACCGACUCCUCCUACUACAGACAAUGACGUCUACAUCGAUUAUUCAUUGGGAUUUUUGUAUGAAAAUACGCCAAUGUCAGAGGCACAAUUACCUCCUAUCUAUGUUAAGAAAGAACAAAAACGAAGUAGAACCGACACUGGAAUAAAUGAACGAGAUGGACGACGUCCAGUUAAGAUGCGACACAAAGAGGAGUCGGUCUAUGCACCUCGAUCUCUCUUUGAUAGACCUUCUCCAGCCAUGAUGAAGAUUCGGCGAGAUAUGAAGUUACACAAAUAUCGUGAAAUCGUAAGACCUACUAUACCAAUCCCUGGUAUAAAACCGUCCCAUAUGGCGAAAAAUUCUGCGGAACAAGAACAGCACGUAUUGGAUUGGAUGAUACACGAAGAUUGGGCAUUGCUCCAAGCAAUUCAAGUUUAUCAAGGGUUGCCUCUUAAUUUAAUGAUAUUGUCUCCUGGACAUACACCAAAUUGGGAUUUGGUGGCUGAUAUCGUUAAUAACACUUCACGAAUAUACAGAUCACCUAAGCAAUGUAAAAAUCGAUACGAAUCUGUGAUCGUUCCUAGAGAGGAGGGAAAGCUUCUUUAUGAUACAACACCGAAGAAACAAAAGAAACAAAAAGGCGUUUAUAAAAUACCUCAAGUUUCGGAGCAACAAAGUAAAACGAAUAGACCAAUGCGAACGUCUCAGUUAUACAAUCAAGAUAAAAAUCAUUCGUUUACAAUGAUGUGUUGCCAGAGAUUCGAAACUAUUAAAUCUGUUUCCAAUAAAAGAACACCUACCGUUAAACCUCUAUUAGUAAAUCCUUUGAUGAAGAAUCCUACGAACGCAGCAGUUCUAGCUGAAUGUCAUAUUCAAUAUGACAAUCCACUAGCACCGAUAGAAGUCGCUACGCGAAGAGCUGAUAGGAUAGCAAAGGAAAAACUAAAGCACGCUGUUUUAACCGCGGAACAACAACAGCAAGUGGCAGCACGCUUGUUGCAGCAACAGCAGCAGCAACAGCAACAACAACAGCAACAGCAACAACAACAACAGCAACAGCAGCAACAACAACAGCAACAACAGCAAGCGCAACAGCAACAACAAGUUCAACAACAACAGGUGCAACAGCAACAACAGCAAAUUAAAUUACAGCAACAACAACAACAACAACAAUCGCAACAGGCAAUAUCGAAUGCCACACCACCUCAAAUGCAUCAGUUGGCACAAGUUGUGACUACGGUAACAACGAAUGCUUUAACGUCUAUGAAGACGGUAACGACAAUAAGCAAUGUUACAACUUGUGCCACGACGGUUGUCACCACAACGGUUAAAACGCGACAAGGUGGAACGUUAACUAUGCAGGACGUAAGAGCAACUCCAACUGUCGUUAGCGUAUCUAAUCUUCAAGCAGCUCAGAGGAUAGCUACUGCUGGUUUAGUAUCGGCCGCUCAGAGUUCCACAGGCGUGGCACAAAAAGGAAUAGUCGGUGUUACCGUUGCCACGGCAUCUGGUAGCAAGACACUGACAGCUGCUCAGCUUCAAUAUUAUCGUCAACAACAAGUUCUCUUGAGACAGCAACAGCUAAAGGUGUUGCAAGCACAAGCAGUCGGUGGUCAGAAAGUUUCAGUCGCCGUUUCUGCAGCUGCAGCACAGCAAAGAGCAACGUUAAUGAAACAAGGUAUUGCUGCUCCGACUGUUGCUCAAAGCAACGUUGGAAAGCAAACUGUAGCAAGAGCAGUGUCGGAAACUGAAAUGGCAGCUUUAAUAAAGAGACAGGCCUUACAGCAACAGGCUAAGGCGGUAGCUCAAGUUCAAGUACCCACUCAGUCGGGGCUUACACCGGCGCAAAUAUUUGCACAAACUGGAUUGCAAGUUCAGCAAACAGGUACAUCGGCUAGCGGUACACCGGUAGCUACAUUGGUGAAAGCAGCUAAUGUGGCCGGUGUAAGAGCCGCUACGCCGCAGCAAAUUCGACAGUUGGCUCUUCAUCCUCAAAUCAUCGCUCAGAGAAAAUUGCCAGCUCAAAAAGUUGCGCAAUUGGCUCAAGUCACUGCUAAAGGUGGAGUACAAACGCAACUGAUCGUUCAACAAAAGUCUUUACCUACUACCAUGACGAUGCAACAAAUUCAACAAGUGAUGAAGCACGUUCAGCCGUCGGCCAUGCAACAAUUUACACAUGUCUCGACGGGACAAACUGUUUCACAGCCAGGUCAAGUAGUCUUAGCCAAGUCUCCUUUGCAAACUCGAGUUAUACCAGUAGCUCCGGCUGCCUUGAAGCAAACAAUUCAAGUGGUAACUGCCAGUAACGCACAGUUAAGGCAAGCAGCACCGGUUCAAGGAAAACCGGUUGUUACGACAGCAAGGGGAAGUCCAGGUUCCAGUCAAGUUAGACUUCAAACUAUUGCACAUCCUGUUCAUCCGCAACAAGUACAACAACAACAGCAACAACAACAACAACAACAACAGCAGCAGCAGCAGCAGCAACAGCAGCAGCAGCAGCAACAGCAACAGCAACAACAAACACAACAGACACAGGAUACUCAACCCAAAUAACGUGGCUGGUAAAUAUGAAUUUUUAUAUGUUCGUGCCGAGAAGUUAUAGAUGUCCGAAUGUUAGACUUUAUAGUAGAACUUAAGUUCGAUUGUUUCUUCAAUAUUUACUAUAAUUCAUAAAUCAAAAAAAACAUUCCACGCUGAACUACAUAUAUGUUGCUUACGAUUUUUCGAUUUUCCUACACAAUGAAUUUACCGUGGAUACACAAGCAAACGUCGAUUAUGUGAAUAUUAAUUAGUAAGUGAUUUGAAAGAUUUGUUAGAUGGUAUUGAAUUGAUUUUUAUGAAAAUAGUACAUAGAUUUGACUGUAAAUUGUACAUUACAAUUAUUUCUUUUAAUUUGUUUAUGUUAUAUCAUUUUUGAGUUGAUAUAAUCAAGAGAAGUAUGAAACUAAUUACAUCAAAUCUAAGUUCUAUUCUGCUUUGAAACGUUACAAAAGUGCGCAUAAGUAUGAUAUAAAUAUAUGUUUGUCAGAUUAAUCAUGUAGAACCUCAAGAUUAUUUCGACGAAUUAUAGUAAUAAAUGACUCUGUAUACAUAAGUGCUUCCGAUUUCUAUCAUAUAAUAACGUAAAUUGUAAAUUGAAUUGUUCACAUUCUUGUGCAAUGUUGUUUAAUCUGACGUUAUGUAUGUAAAAAGCUGAAAUAUUAUUUACGACAACAUUAAUUUUGGUGUUACUAAUUGACACUUUACUAUCAUUUUAGAACAGACUUUUACGUUUGCUGUCAUCCAGUAAAGGUUUUCUUGUGUAUUAUUAGCGUUUUAUCCGUAAUAAAUAUUUUUGUAAUAUGUACAACAUUGUGUACAUUGUUAAAUGAAGGAAGAAAAAACCAUGACACAAGUUUUAUUAAAAAUUGUGGCAACAAACGUAAUACUGGACAAAAGUGGUGAUGGAUAUGGAUAAUUAUUAGUGUUAUAAUAAUAAAAUAUCGUGGUCUUUUGUUGCCGACGUUGAUUAAAAUCAGAAAUCUUGUCGCAUGACUAUACGUAUAUAUUACUAAUUAUUAAUAUUUUUAUCUCUGAUUUGCUGUACAAUAUGCCAUCAUAUCGUCUCGAUAGAAAAAAAGCAAAAUUUCUUAAAAAUGUCAUAUAGAAAAGGAAAACGGCCAUACGAGUUAACGUGUAAAAUGAAUGGUCAAAAUGUCAUUUUAUAACGCGACCCUAGUGAGAUAAACAAUUUUUUAUGUUAUAUCGCAUAUAAAGGAUCGCGUGAUGCUUUCUAAGCAUACAACCUGAAAUCAGAAUACGCUUAAUUCACGAAUACGCGUAAAAUGAUAAAAAGUUAAAAAGGGAAAAAAAAAAACGUACAUUUACUGCGUCUGUACAUGGAUCAGUUACCUAUAGGAUUUAAGACUUAAGUAUAUCGCUCGCGAUGAUGCGAUGUUUGUACUAGAAUCGUCGUAGAAUUGAAUAAGAUUGUAACAAUAAUAUAUAUGUACAUGUAUGUAUAAUUAUUGUAUUAUAGUAAUUAAAAUAAAAUUCUCAUAAGUAAGCCGAGAGGUUGGGGAGUAAA